AUGGUUAGAAGUUAUGUACGUAAAAGUCAACGACAAUCAUGGUCUUUAAUAUCCAUGAACAAAGCUGUCGAUGAAGUAAUUGAGAAGACUAUGACUUACAGAGAAGCUGAAAAUGCCUAUGAAGUUCGCAGGAGUACACUGUUAAGAAUGGUAAAAAAGAAAAAAGAAAAUACAGAGGUAUUAAAAGCAAAGAUGGGUCCUUUAACUACAGUAUUUUCUGUUAAUGAAGAAAAAGAGUUAGUUGCUUACCUCAAAUUAAUGGAAGGAAGACUUUUUGGUCUAAGUUCAGGGGAUUUUAGAAAACUGGCUUACCAACUUGCAAUAAAAAAUAAUAAAAAUCAUAAUUUUAAUAAUGAUAAAAAAGAAGCUGGUUAUGACUGGCUCAAAGGAUUUUUAAAGAGGCAUCCAGACUUAUCACUUCGAGUACCAGAAAAAACAUCAGCAGCCAGAGCUAUGGGUUUCAACAAACCAGUGGUUACAACAUUUUUUCGUUUGUUGGGUGAAGUGCUUGAUAAAUACAAAUUUCAAUCAGAUAGAAUUUUCAACUGCGAUGAAACUGGAAUUAGUAAUGUGCCAAAAUCAAAAUCCAAAAUCUUAGCCUCAAAAGGUCGUAAACAAGUUGGAUCUCUAACAUCAGCAGAACGAGGACAAACAGUAACUGUCGAACUCUGUGUAAGUGCUUCAGGCAUCUAUAUGCCCCCCCAUGAUGAUAUUUCCCAGAGUACGUACAAAUUUGGAAUAUCUGCGCAAUUGUCCACCAGGGCUGAAUUCCAUCCAUCAGGUUGGAUGCAAACUGAUAUAUUUUAUAGAUGGCUAGAAAAAUUUAUUCAGUUUACUCAUGCUUCUAAGAAUAAUCCAGUUCUGUUGUUAUUAGAUGGUCAUGCAACACAUACAAAAAAUAUAAAUUUGAUAGAUUUAGCUAGAGAAAAUGGUGUUGUGAUGUUAUGUUUUCCUCCUCAUUGCACUCACCGCCUACAACCUUUGGAUGUUGGAGUGAUGAAACCAAUAUCUACUUAUUACGACACAGAAGUCACCAAUUGGUUAAGAUCGAAUACACCAAAAGUAGUAACCCUAAAAGACAUUGGAGAAAUAUUUGGAAAGGCAUUUAUGAAAGCAGCAACAAUGUCAACAGCAAUUAAUUCCUUUAAGAAAACAGGUAUUUUUCCAUUUAAUGAUAAUGUUUUUGAAGAUUCUGAUUUUAUGCCAGCUGAAACCACACAUAUACCAAUAACUGAAAUGUCUCCUGAUUCCCUGAACUCUCCAACCAUUAUACCAUUCAACAGUGAUCCUAAAAAUACUGACCCUUUGGUAGAAUUGUUAGACAAUUUACCAGACACAUUAGAGGACAUUAGUAAUAUUAAUUUUGAUAUUAAUAACGUGCAGCCUAGUUGUUCAAACACUCCUCAAAUGAAAGUAUCAGAUGGUACAGUAUUUGAACAUGUAUCACCCAAGGAUGUCAUGCCUAUUCCACAUAGGUCAAAUGAAGAAAACUCAAUUCCAAAAAGAAAAAGUUUAAACAGAGGAAAAACAGUUGUUCUUACAUCAUCACCAUACAAAAAUGAGCUGGAAAAAAAAACAAAAAUGAGUGAACCUGAGGUAAAAAGGAAAUUGUUUAAAAAAAACCAAUUAAAUCAACCACGAAUAAGAACAAGAAAAAGAGGGUCAAAUUAUCCACAAAUAAUGAUGAUAUCUAUACAGAAUUCUUGUAUUGUGGACAUACAUAUUCUGAAUCCAAUGAAGGCUAUAUUUGUUGUCAAAUAUGUGAGAAGUGGGCUCAUUUGUCAUGUUCUGGGAAGGACGAUGAAGAAAACACCACAUUCGCUUGCGAAAAUUGUUUGUAAUAUCAAACAAUUCUUAUAUGAGAAAAGUAAACAGUUGUGA